AUGGACUCCCUAUUACUACAGGACAUGAUGAGUGUCAAGGGCCGUGUGGCCCUCGUCACAGGUGGCAGCAGCGGCAUCGGACGAAUGAUAGCCCAGGGCCUCGUCGCCAACGGCGCCAAAGUCUACAUUGUCGCUUUAUCCAGCGACGCCAUCGACCGAACAGUCUCAGAACUCAACCACGCAGGAUCCGAAUCAGGCGGAAGCGCAGAAGGUUACGUCUGCGACCUCUCCUCCAAAGAUGCCAUCGCCCAGCUCGCCCAAACGAUCGCCGCGAAAGAAACCAAACUCGAUAUGCUCAUAUCCAACGCGGGAAUUCGACGCGACCCGCCUAUCGCAUGCAACGUGCUCACCGCGACGCUCACGGAGCUACAAGAGUCGAUGUGGUCAAGCAAGGAGACAGAUUGGGCCGACACGUUCCGAAUCAACUCAACCGCCCAUUACUUCCUCAGCGUGGCGUUUCUCCCUCUCCUGGCUGCGGCCGCCGAUCAGCCGCUCGGUGAUAGUCGUCGGGGUCGGGAUGAUGGAAGAGGCGUGGUGGUGAUUACGAGCUCGUGUGCGAGUAUGCAUAAUGCGACGAAUGUGGAUUUGACAAGUUAUGCGACCAGCAAGGCGGCGACGGAUCACCUGGUGAAGUUGUUGGCGGCGAAGUUUCAGCGAUUUUAUGUGCGCGUGGUGGGGAUCAACCCGGGUUUUGUUCCGAGUAAUAUGAACCCAGUUGGCGCGGCUGGGAAUAUGUUCAGCGGUUUGUUCGAUAAAGUGCCUGCGAAGCGAGCGGGAAGGACGGAAGACCUCGCGGGGACGGUGUUGUAUCUGGUGAGCAGAGCCGGGUCGUACGUGGACGGCGUUUCUCUUUGUGUGGAUGGUGGUCGGAUUUUGUUGGCCAACGGACAGGAGUGA